CCACAUUCAUAUAUUUAUAACAGUGAUAAAUCAGUACACGCCGUGAUGCUUUAAUUAAGCAAUAAAUUACUACUACGAAGGGCGGGCCUAUAAAAUCAGACCUCCAUAGCUCGGCUUCUUCUCAACUCCCACCAUCGCCCAUGGCAUCACUCAGCAUCAACACUCGCAGCAAAAACCUCCGAAACGCCGCCAUCGCACUCCUCGCCCCUGUUCCCUCCAUUCUCUUCUACCUCUCCUUCCUCCGCCUCACCUCCGCCGCCGAUGCAGAUUCCCUCUCCCUUCUCUGGUCGUGGUGCCGCCGCCACCCAUUUCUCCUGGCCAACGCCCUCUUCUUCCUCAACGUCGACCUCCUUUUCUGGGCCGUCGGCCAGCUCCAGUCAAGCCACUGGAUGAUAGAUCUGUACUGGACGGUGAUACCCGUCCUGCUAGUGCAUUACUUCGCGUCCCAUCCGUUGGCGGAGUGUAAUCCCUGGAGAUCGAGGAUCGUGAUUCUAUUGACGUGGGUUUGGUCCGCGAGGCUCACGCACAGCUACUUCCGCCGGGAAAAAUGGCAGUGGGGCGCCCGAGAGGACUGGAGAUUCAGCGACAUGCGGAGGCAGUACGGCGGAAACUGGUGGUGGGCCUCUUUCUUCGCCGUCUACCUCUCUCAACAGGUUUUCUUGAUGGGAAUAUGCUUGCCACUGUACGUAGUCCACUCGAAAGACGGGCAAAUGAACCUAUGGGAUGUGAUUGCUACACUAAUCUGCUUGACUGGUGUUACUAUAGCCUAUUUUGCCGACACACAGCUUCACGAAUUUGUCACCAGGAACGAAAAGCUUAAAAACCUCGACAAACCAUUGGUGCCGAAUCUUGACAGGGGCUUGUGGUGGUACUCACGGCAUCCAAACUAUUUUGGCGAGCAGUUAUGGUGGUGGGGCCUAGCGUUAUUCGCAUGGAAUUUGGAUCUCGGGUGGUGUUUUAUGGGUGCUUUAAUAAAUAGCUUGUGCUUGGCUUAUGUCACGAUUCUUGUGGAGGAUCGGAUGUUGAAGCAGGAGUACAGGGCCGAGGCUUAUAGGACUUAUCAGAAAACGACGUCCGUUUGGAUACCUUGGUUCAAGAAAUCAUUGUCUGAUAAAGAAAAGGAGACGUGAAUUGUUGUGUAGCGUUAUCUCUUUGUGUGGAUGUGGUUUAUGAAUGUGUAAUGUUCAUAUUUAACCCGACGUGCAUCGGAGUUGACUUUUUCAGUUUUUCUCAAGUGUUGUGUUGUUAAUGUUGUAAUGGAAAUUGGACAAAUAGUUGUUAAUGUUGAAAUGGAAAUUGGACAAAUAGUGAACUUUUUUU